CGUGUCAGCGCCGCAGAACCAGCACAAGCUGGCACAAGCUUCCGCACCUAGUCCCGUCGCACUUCGAUCAUCCAUCCACAGCCCGCCAAUUGCGCCGACCGAACCCUCCACCCAUCCCGUGCAUCGCAGCCGGCCUGCUCGAGAGCCAUAGUUGCCCGCCAUGUAUCACCUCGCAAAGGGCCUCUACCUCCUGGCCACCAGCAAAGAAGAGUACUCCGUCAUCCUCCUCGGCCUCGACAAUGCCGGCAAGACGACCUUCCACGAACAGGUCAAGUCCCUCUUCCUCCCUGGAAACCCCGACCCGAAGCUCAAGACGGUACCGACGGUGGGACAGAACGUCUCGACCAUCACCCUGCCGGACAUGUACCUCAAGAUCUGGGAUGUGGGCGGCCAGCACUCGCUGCGCCGGCUGUGGCAGAGCUACUACUCCUCGGCGCACGCCAUCGUGUUCAUCAUCGACUCGACCGACAUUGGAAACGGGACCCUCGAGAACGACAGCUCAGGGCGUCUCGAGGAGUGCCGCCUCGUGCUCGAGGACGUGCUGCAGCACUCCGAGACCGAGGGCGUGCCGGUGCUGGUGCUAGCCAAUAAGCAGGACCGCGAGGACUGCGUCGAAGUCGUGAGGAUCAAGGAGGGGCUUGUGAAGAAGGUGUUUGAGGGCGAGAAAGCGAGCAGUAUCCGCGACUCAAGGGUGUUGCCUGUCAGCGCGCUGACGGGGACGGGCGUCAAGGAGGCGGUGGAGUGGGUGAGAUCAAGAGUGAAAUGGAACAAGGAAUCGCGGCCGCCGGUGAUGCGGUAGCCAUCAGCGAUGGACAGCUGUUUACGAGGCAUGAUUUUCACAGGAAAUGGAAACCAUCUAGACUGGCGUUGCUGGAGUUGAAGGGCCCGACGGGAACGAGUUCGUCCGCCCCGAGGGAGCGGCUCUCACUGUUGCAGGCAUUGGAUCUUUCGAAGCGUAUAUGGCUGGGUAUC